AUGGGGAAGACAGGCUUGUUAGUGCUGAUUCUGAGUAAGUUCUGAUGAUUUUAUUUUAACAAUUACUUCCAGCCGUAUGUGUGGCUCUUCUCGGGAUUACAAUUACUAAUCUUGUGUUUACUCUGAUUGAUCAUUUCAAACCUGAGCCCCAAUCUGAGAUUCUGAAGAGUAAUCGCCCCCGUGCAACUGGGGAUAUUAGUAAGAAGCCAGAGUUUGCGGUGGGUUUCGUUUAAUUUAAUAUUCAGUUAACGAAAAAUAUUAUAGUAUUAUAUUUUUGUUUAGGAUGCGGCCAAAAGACUAUUGGCCGGAUUGGACUUUACACAGGACCCUUGCGAUGAUUUCUAUGCUUUUACUUGCAAUAAGUACCUGGAAUCUGCGAAAAUACCUGCAGGAGCAUCAAGAAUUGGAACUUAUGAUGAUGGACAGGACAUUGUGGACAGAAAGAUUGUUCAAAUAUUAGACAGUAUAGACCCAAAAAGUGAAAGUGAGACUGUGAAAUUGGUCAAAAGAGUGAGAUUACUAUAAUUUUCAAGGCUAUCAAAAAUUUUAGGUGUACGAUUCUUGCGUAAAAAAUGCUGAGAAAUCAGAAGGAGAUAAAUCAAAAGAAUUAGAACAAGAACUCAAGGCCAAGUAAGAGCCGUAAUGAGAUUUAAGUUUGCUUUAGAAUUGGAGGUUUUCCAAUGUUCACGAAGAAGUGGAAUUCUAAUACGGAUCUACUGAAGGUGGCGGCAGAAUGGCUCCAGAAUGACAAUCUGCAGACUUUUAUCAGCCAUGAAGUCACGGCGGACUUUAGGAAUGUUGAGAAGAUCGCAUUGUUUUUGGGUGGGGUAAGUCCAAUAUUCUUUACGUUUUUCAUCAUUACUGGACGCAAGUGUAAUUUCAAACACCAACUAAAAAAAUGAGAACAGCGUUGCGAAGUGUUUCCGCCACAUAUUGGUGUCGAAAAAAAUCGGCUACCCUUCAUUUGGGCCGAAUUUAUUUGGGGAAGAUUUUAUUUGGGACAGACCGGGUAUUGGCCCAAAAUGUACAGUCAAUGUUGCAAAAUUGUUUGACCACCUAACCAAUCAAGUUUUAAAAUUUUAAAAAUUUGGCUGUAGUUUAAAAACUACAGUCAAAUUUUUUAAAUGGCUAGCCAAAAACAUGGAUCGGCUAGCCAAAGUGUCAGAAUGGCGGUCGAAGGUGUUGCCUACCCUUACCUAUGAACGCAUUCUGACAGUUUUGGGUAUCCUACAGAACAUUUGGCUAGCCGAUGUACGUUUCUGGCUAUAGUCUGUGAUUGCAACUCAUUGGUUCGCUGGUCAAACAAUUUCGUAACAUUGGCUAUGCAUAUUGGGCUAAUACCCGAUCUGCCCCAGAUGAAAAGUCGCGACAAUAGAGCCUUUUUUUUUGAAGAAUUAUGCAAGAAAGGAAUUUUAUAAGCCUUUCAUUACGAAGCUUGAUAAUGAGCAGAGGUGGGUCCGGCCCGUUCAAAGAUUUGUCAGGUCUUCACGUUUUCGGCUCGGAGGCCAUCCUUUUCUCUUACGUUUGUAUAAUUUUCUAAUAAUAAUAAUAGAAUUCCACAAUUAAUUUUACUGUUUUAUUUUGCAGCCCAAACUAAACCAGCCCCUUGAUUUUUAUUUGAAAUCAACAUUCCAAUCAAAACUUCUAAAAUACAAAGAAGGUUUGAUUGAUCUUCUCAAAAAAUUUGCCAAAAGUAUUGGUUAUAAAGGGGAAGUGGAUUAUGAGAAAGUAAGUAAACAUCUAAACGUUAACGGAUAUUGUAAGGAAGUAAGUGAAAUGAUCACACUUGAGAUUAAACUGGCCAUGAAUGUUGUCCCCGAUGAUUUACUGACCAAUCAAAAAUUUGGAUACAAUCCGUUUAAUGUCAGCGAGUUCAGAGAAAGUUUUGACAAACUCGGAUCAUUCGUGGACGGCCUAAAAUUUGAAUCUAACGAUUACAAUUUAAUUGUAACUCAGCCCAGAUAUUACGAGGCCCUAAACACUCUCAUCAAAUUGAAUACUGUAAACGAGAGUACAUGGUAUAACUACCUUGGACUCAAAUAUUUAAUGCACUUCAAGGAUUUUAUUAACGGGGAAGUUGGAGAACAGGUUGAUUUGAUCUUGGCAGUCACCAGACAUCCCAAAGAAGCAGUGUCCACUGAUGAUAAAAUCGAAUGCAUGGACACAAUCAGAGAUUUGAUGCCUUAUGGACCCGGGUUUAUUUAUGUUAGGAGUAUUGGAGCUGAGAACAGGAAGAAGAUCGUGGAUGACAUCAGAUUACAGGCUGAGUUGGUUAUUGACUCUUUUCUCGAAAAUGUGGCUACUAUUAAAUUUAUGGAGGAUUCUGUGAAGGAAAUUACGGAAAAAGGUAAUCGGAAAACUCUAUUUCUUGUAAAAUUACUUUUACUUUAUAGCCAACGAAAUCAGAAAAAAUCUGAAUUUGGGAUAUCCCGCGUUCUUCGAGGGAGCAAUGAACGAAACCAAUGCAGAUAAUGCUGAAUUGGACGAGUACCAUAAACAAUACAUUGAUGACUUUGAUAAGAUUGAGAAGGAUAAAUCAUACUUUGAGAUACUGAGGGCCCUCUCCAAGGCCUAUCAAAAGACGGAAAGACUUGGCCGCGUUGGAAAGACGGCCGAUCGAUCAGAUUUCCAGGCAUCUCCGGCUACUGUGAAUGCCUGGUAUGCCCCUGAAUACAAUUCGAUUACAAUACCCUUUGCCACGUUGAAUCCUCCGUAUUACAAUUACGGAUACCCUCAGGCAUAUAAUUACGGAGGCCAAGGAGGUACUCUGGGACACGAAUUGACCCAUGCCUUCGAUAGUAUGGGUAAGGAAAUGUGCAACUUAGUAUUCUAGCUGAUUAUGUUGCAUUUUCAGGUGUUCAAUACGACCCCAGUGGCACUCUCUCCAGAAACUGCACCCUUGAAUACUGUACUUGGUUAAGGCCCAAGUCUGUGGAUGGAUUUCUGGACAUGGCUCAGUGUGUAAUUUCACAGUAUUCAGAGCAAUGUUGUCCAUUGGAGACUGGCAAUGUCCAUUGUGCCAAUGGAGAACUGACCCAAGGUCGGUCUCUAUUUUUAUUAUACUUGGUUAAUCUCCAUAUAUAUAAAAUAAUUACAGGAGAGAAUAUUGCUGAUAUUGGAGGUCAACUGGCUUCUUUCAAUGCCUAUCGGACUUGGAUCAGUAAAUAUAAUAAUGGCGCGGAGGAAGAGGGACUGCCAGGAUUGGAUGACUUCACCUCCAAUCAAAUCUUCUGGAUAUCAUAUGGCUUUUCUUGGUGUAUGAAACAAAAAGAGGAGAGUCUUGUCAAUCAGAUGCUGACUAACGAACAUGCCCCAGGCAAAUGUCGGGUCAACCAGGUCAUGCAGGAUAUCCCUCAGUUCGCCAAGGACUUUGGAUGCAAAAGAGGACAGACUUUGUUCCCCCCGGCAGAAAAAAGAUGCAAAGUCUGGACGGGGGUCUGAUCAGACUUGUUUAUAUUGUUAUUACAACCUUUAGUUAGUUUUAAUUUUUAUGAGUCUGCCGGAAAAAUAACUUGCCAGGGAAGAACUCCAAGUUCGACGCUCACAUCACUUGUCAGAUUUCCUUUAAAUUAUUAGACAUGGGCCGCGUAUUAAUAUAUGAAAGUUCUAGCUUGCGCUUUUCAGGGGCAGCCGAAAUAUUCAACUUUGCAAACAGGCGUGAAGCUUUCCCUGCUAAAAUUGACAGAAGAGUGA